AUGACAGCCUCUAAAAAAUUACCACCCAUCAUGAAUAUGACUGAUGAAACUAUCACUGAGAAUACAAAUAUCAUUAAUUCUCAGUCUGGAGAUGCCCGUCUCCAAUUUUUAAUGCAUCGUCUUGUGACCCAUCUUCAUGACUUUGCUAGAGAGACGAGACUCACUACAGAUGAAUGGAUGGCAGCAAUCAUGUUUUUGACUCAGGUUGGCAAGAUCUGUUCUGAUGAGAGACAGGAGUUCAUCCUAUUGUCAGAUAUUCUUGGAUUAUCCGUUCUAGUUGAUGGAAUCAGCCAUCCUAAACCGCCAAAUGCCACAAUUGGUACCCUUCUUGGACCCUUCCACGCACACGCACAUGAGUUUGAGAAUGGUGCUGCCAUUGCCUCUGAAGGAAAGGGUGAGAUGUGUGUUUUCGAGUGCACCUUGAAAGAUACUAAUGGACGUCCUAUUGAAGGUGGAUCAAUUGAUAUUUGGGAGACUGAUGAGACGGGUCAUUAUGAUACACAAUACGAGGACCGAGACGGACCAGAUUGUCGAGGCAUAGUUCACAGUGAUAAGAAUGGGGAUUUCUGGGUUAAGGGAAUCCGUCCAGUAUCUUAUCCAAUCCCCCAUGAUGGUCCAGUAGGAAAGCUGUUAAAACUACUUAACCGCCACCCUUAUAGACCAGCUCACAUUCAUUUCAAGAUUAAGAAAGAAGGAUAUGAUGAAUUGAUCACUGCCCUAUACGUUAAGGGAGAUGAAUAUGAAACCAGCGAUGCUGUGUUCGGGGUUAAGUCUGAGUUGCUGAUUGAGCUUAAGAAAAUUGAGGAUCCAGAAUUCGCAGCCAAGUACGGUGUCAAGGUUGGUGAUUGGUAUAUACAUAAAGAUUUCGUUCUGGUCACCAAUGAAGAGGCGAAGGAGCUGUUUGUCAAAAACUCGAAGAAAGCUUUGGCUAAGAUCAAUGUCAAUGCAACUAUUGUAGACGGCCUUCCCGUAGCAGAUUUGGAUUAG